AUGCAGCUUCCUCACUACAUCAUGCAGCUUCCUCUCUUCAACAAAGUGAUUCCUCUCUUCUUCAAAGUGCUUCCUCUCUUCAACAAAGUGCUUCCUCUCUUCAUCAUGCAGCUUCCUCUCUUCAUCAAGAUGCUUCCUCUCUUGAUCAAGGUGCUUCCUCUCUUGAUCAAGGUGCUUCCUCACUACAUCAAGAUGCUUCCUCUCUUCUUCAAAGUGCUUCCUCUCUUCAACAAAGUGCUUCCUCUCUUCAUCAUGCAGCUUCCUCACUACAUCAUGCAGCUUCCUCUCUUCAACAAAGUGAUUCCUCUCUUCUUCAAAGUGCUUCCUCUCUUCAACAAAGUGCUUCCUCUCUUCAUCAUGCAGCUUCCUCUCUUCUUCAAAGUGCUUCCUCUCUUCAACAAAGUGCUUCCUCUCUUCAUCAUGCAGCUUCCUCACUACAUCAUGCAGCUUCCUCUCUAA